UCGUCAAGUUUCCUCUGUCAAUCCUUCGUGUACUACAGAGUACCAUUCCCGGCAAAUAUCCUGCCUUGUGUCCUUUGGACGUGCUUUAUUCCUUUUUGAUAACUGCUAUUGCUUAAUUCGGAUUGGACGUGCAUGAGAACGAUGUUCGAGCAACAAUAGAAAGAGAAGGGUUCUUCAUUGUCGUUCGCAGCGAUCUUGCAUCCAGAUCCUGGGAAUUGUGCGACAUACUCUUCACAUCCUAGUCUCUUCAGACCAACAAUAUGCGGCUUUUUCACUUAUUAUCCUUGACCAUUCUCCUGAUACCGAGCUUGGUUACACUAGCAGCGCAGGUACCUCAUGAUGCACGCGGAAUUAAAACGGUUGCCAUCCUGGAGGCGAGAGAUGAGCCUACAAAUACCACUACGACAGCUAUCGCAUCGGACAGUGAGACGACGGCAACGGCUACUAUUAAGGGGGAUUCUUCUACGUCUACGCCAAGUACAACCGAGACGGCUGCGUCAACGGCAAUUGCGUCUUUGAAUGCAUCGAAUACAUCGGGUGAUCACAAAAAGCAGACCCGGUCACCCAAGCCAGGAGAACUUCCUAUUAAACCCUCGAUUACGCCUGCGCUGGGUGUUGGUGGUUUUAUCCUGAUAAUGAUCGGCGCGAUUCUGGCGUUGAUUGGGAUUCGGAAUCCAUGGGUCCAAGUGUUCCUAUCCGCUUCCCUCCUGACCAGCUUAGGCGUAACUGUCUUGAUCCUCUACGUCAUGAACCCCCCAGUCAGCAACGCAAUCCAAGGAGCCUACCUCGUCGCCGUGUUCUUCUCCGGAAUCACCUUCGGAGCGCUGGCCAUCGUCUUCAAGGAGUUAACAGAAGGACUCGGGUGCUUUCUGGGCGGCUUCUGUGCUAGCAUGUGGCUCCUUUGCUUGAAGCCGGGUGGUCUUUUGACGGACGUCAAUUCGAAGAGUGGAUUUAUCGCGGGGAUAUCAGUGGGGUUCUAUGCGUUGUCGUUCAGUCAAUAUACGCGACCUCAUGGGUUGAUCGUGUCUACUGCGAUUUCGGGGGGUACGGCGGUUUCUCUUGGGAUUGAUUGUUUUAGUCGUGCGGGAUUGAAGGAGUUCUGGCUGUACAUCUGGGAACUAAACGACAAAAUCUUCCCCCUAAACACAAACACCUACCCCAUCACCCGCAACAUCCGCGUCGAACUCGCCGUCACCGUCAUCGUCGCCCUCCUAGGAAUUGUCUCCCAACUCCGUCUCUGGAAAAUGAUCCGCCAACGCCGCCGCAACGAAGCCAAGCUACGGGAAGAAGAGAGGAAGAAAAAAAAUGAGGCUGAUACAGAAGCCGGAAGACAAUUGGAGCAGACUACCGUGCGCGAACGGGCGGAAUGGGAGGCGAAGUAUGGAAACGGUACUGACUCGAAGCCAACAUCGAGUAGUACCCAGGAGGUCGACGAGAAAGACAGACAAGAUGUCGAUUUGGAAAAGGGCGAAGGGGUCGAUGUGAAAAGCGUCACGGCUAUAUCCCAACAAUCCUACCGCUGCUCUGAGUGCAGAGAACGAGAAGCCAACGGCGACCUCGACUCAGAUAUUGCCUCCAGAGCAGCAAACGACAACCACCCGCUCACAAAUCAUGAAUCACACGAACAAAUCCCCACCCAAGACCCCAACACCGAAACAGAACCACCAGCCCCAGUCUUCGACGGCGCAGCAGCAGCCCGUAUAAAAGACGACAACCAGUCCGAAGUCAGCGCAGUUAUCGGCUCAGAAGCGGGAACUUUCUCGAAGCGGUUUUCGGGAAUGACUAUGCUGCAACGCGACUCCAUGAGGAGUAGUAUGGCGCUUGUUCGAGAAAGGAAUGAUGAUGCUGCUUCGAAUACGUCUGAGGAGGGUGUUGAUGGGGAUAGUGUUUUGGAUUCUCGUCGCUCGAGCGUUUACUCAGCAGAUGAUGAGGAGCCGGAUCAAACUCAAGACUCGAAACACGAAGACUCUACAAAAGAACAAGGGGAAAGGGCCUUGGAGCCUGAAAAAGCAACAAAACAGCCGGAUACCUCCGAGCACAGCGAAAAGAACACCUCCGUUGGCGAACAGAAGCAGCAGGAAAACCAAACUUCUCAAACAGAGCAGCAUGACCAGCCUGCUAUAUCCGUUUCAAACUACAGCCACGAUGGCCUGCCAGCGUCUUCACAUGAAGCAGGCGAGAAGCCCCGGGUGCGAGAUGAUAGUAAGGUGCAGACUCUGGCAGCUCUAUACGAUGAUGCUGUGAAAUCGGCAGAAGCAUCUCAAAAGCCUAGUGCAAGUGCUGCAUCGAAGGGACCAGGGUCUCAUGCAGAACAGCAAGGCGCGAAGCCGCCUGUUGAACCCAAGUCGGCAACGGGAUCGACAAAGAGCAAGCGCUCUGGAGAACGGAAAUCUUCUUCACAGAAGGACAAGGCAAAAGCCCGUGCCAAGAAGGAAAAGGUCACUCUGAACGAGAAAACAGUAAAACACCUUCCAGAACGAACAUCCAGAGUUAUCCUGUCAUACCGCACAAACGAAUGGGCAAAACAUCUAGACGAUGCAGAAAUGCCUGAGCCACCACCGAUCCAACCGAUCGAAGAGGAACAGCCAAAGGUUCCUGUGACGAAUGAAGCAACCCCUGCUCCAGUUAACGUCAAAGAACUGUUGCAAACACCGCUAAAUGCACAGCCGCCGCCUGCCGUCGAACGCCGCGUCUCGUUCAAGGAAUUGCGCAACUCAAACGAGGGUCGGACAUCACACGAAUCCCUACAGCGGCGAACGGACAGGCCUGUAUCGAGGUCGAAUUCAAUGACCAACCGCCCGCAACCUGCCACUGUCUCACCUGUAUAUUCGGAUCCUCCUCACCCGCAGCCUCAACCUGCACCACUCAAAGAACCUAAAUGGAAGGGACCUCCUCCGCUUCUGGCAGUACGAGAGGAUUUAAUGCGCAACCGGGUAUCGUCGACUUCGCUGUCAAUCGAUCCCUGGUUACGCAGUAGUCCUCAACAAUCAGCCUUUGGGCCAUUGUCGCCCACUUCUCCUACCUCGCCCACAUCGCCCACCAUAAUUCUGCCCACUCCAGGGGAAGCUGACGAUGUACCUCUAUCACAACGGCGCGCAAUGCUGCAGCAACAGCAGCAACAGCCGACACCACCUACACCACGAGCCCUCUCCCCGCAGGCUCCACCACAGCGGACUCGGUCCGGAAUGUCAGAUAACAACGCGCAGGCGAUCAUGGCCGCAUGGCGCCAUUCACUGUCCGACGAGAACCUUCCCCUCGACGCGAGUCGCGACGCCUAUCCCCUGCUAUCUAUCCCCGAGCGGCGGCGCAGCCGGUUGACUCCGUCUCCGUCGAGUUUGGUGGUUGAGCGCAGUCAGGGCGAGACGGAGAGUUGGCGCACGAGUAUCGCAGUGCCUCGUGGGCAGAGGCGCAGUGGCACUUUGCCUGACGUUGAUUACGACGACGACGACCACGACAACGAGAACAACUACAAUAUAGCCACGGAAGAAAUGGCAGCGACUGCGGAUAAUCUACGGCCACCGGAGCAGGCCCAUCUAGCACAGGAUGCAGCAGCGACAGCACCACCCGUAACGCCACGAUCUCGCGAAUUGCAUUUGCCUCGACAUGUCCCGUCACAGGUGUCGCUCCGGUCACAGUCGCAGAUUGCUUCGAUCCCGUCGAAUCCAGGGCAACAACCACGGGCAGAUCUAGCGGAGGAAUUGGCCUGGGGCCCAGCACAUCCUUGCUUUCCACAUAUCAACCCACACGUUCCUAUCGAGUCAUCGGAAUACACGUCGACACGGAUUAUCCGCAUUCGACGCGACUGGAUGGUCAAGGGCGAUCUGGCACCGACAUUCUCCAACCUUUACCCGGAAAUCCUCGAUCCACUAUUGCCCGAACACGAAUUCCGCAAAAUCAUCGCGACCGUCAACGACGAACUCAGCAAAGCGUUCGACCCGUACCGGCUGCGAAACUGGAUCGACGGAGCUCUGGGCUUGGUGACCGGCUGGCUGUGGGAGGAUAUAGGGGCCCCAGCUAUCAAACGACAUCUGCAACAUGUGGAGGCGUGGCUGGAUAAAUGGAACCGCGAGGUUGGUGCCAAGGAUGGGGUACGGAUUUGGAGUCUGCGGAGGUCGGCGUACAUGUCGCUGGACAUCCAGAUUCCGGAUCCGAAGGUUGGCAUUAUACACAGCGAGGAUCCGUCACUUCCUGGUACGAGGCCGAGUACCGGUGCUGGGCGGGGGGUAUAAUCUUCUUCUAAUCUCUUCUUUCUUUCCCUCUUUCGACUUCACUUUCGACCUUUUCUAUUUUCUUUUAAUUUCGUUCUGGGACCACCAGCACACCGCAUGAUACCUGGAAAACUGGGCCUAAUCUUUUAUCCUUACCUUAUUAUUUGUUUUUUGUUCUUUCUUACGAUAUCCACGCUUGAUCGCUGACCUUGACGCCAACCUUGAUCUUGAUACCAUCCAUGUGUUGUGUUUUUGGGGAAGAUAACGAACCCCAGUCUUGAGUUUGUUUUUCCCCCACCUUUUCUUUUUUGUGAAUAUGUCUCUAUCUCUGGACCUACUUUUUGUGUCUAUAAUUCCUGGGUUUACUGUAAUUUUAAACUAAAUACUUACCACUAGUCUUAGUACUUAGUAUGUGGAUAAGACACGUUGGGUGACUUUGGAUGGGUGGAUUGAAUACAAGUUAAUAUUGACUGGUGAAAUUAUGGACUGU